AGAGUAGUUAGCUCGCUAGGUUUUGAGACACAGAAAAUAUCUCCCUGAAGUCAUAUCCUCCACUAUAUAAACAUAAAAACACACAUUAGGUUUUUCCAGUUGAGUCUUCACACAACGGUUCCGCUUUCAGCGAAUAUCUAACAUCUACCCGCUCGUUUUUAUCACGUUUCAUAUGUGGAACACAGAGCUUGUAAUGACUAGCUGUGCUGCGUGUAACGUUAGUGAUGUUGAAAGCUAACCUUCUCUCUUCUGUCGGCUCAGGGUGGGAAAAGGUUGAAUAAACCGCCGCUUAUUUUAGUUUUGUACAGUAUAACGUGUAUUGCUGUGUAUGUAUUACGUCGUCUUAAAUUUUAUCACUGGGAGAGUUUGAUUCUCAAUGGAUUUCAUGUGGAUUGCUAACUGAACCCUUAGCCACCCAGUUACAGUACUUAUCUGUCUGUAAAGUUAACGUUACUUUUAAACUCUAAAGUCAACAUACACCAAAACCACAGUGUAUUUUUCCACACACACACAAUCAUGACUGCCAUGAGAGUGGAUGCUAAAGUGGUCAUGCUUGGCAAAGAGAGCGUGGGCAAAACCAGUCUGGUGGAGAGAUGUGUUCAUCGCCGCUUUCUUGUGGGCCCGUAUCAAAAUACUAUAGGAGCUGCGUUCGUUGCCAAAGCCCUUAAUAUCGGUGAUAAGGUGGUUACGCUGGGAAUAUGGGACACUGCUGGAUCUGAGCGUUACGAGGCCAUGAGCAGAAUCUACUACAGAGGAGCCCGUGCUGCUAUCGUCUGCUAUGAUAUGACUGACAGCAGCAGUUUUGAAAGGGCCAGGUUUUGGGUGAAGGAGAUACAGAGCUGUGAAGAGAACUGCAAGAUAUAUUUGUGUGGCACUAAGGCUGACCUCAUCGAGGCUGACCGAAGUACACGACAAGUGGACUAUCAUGAUGUACAAGAUUUUGCAGAUGACAUCGGUGCACAAAAUUUUGAGACCUCUAGCAAAACAGGAAAACAUGUUGAUGAGGUGUUUCAGAAGGUUGCUGAGGACUUCAGUAGUUGCGCAUUGGAGUUCAUGCAAGAGGAGAAAGGAGUGGACCUUGGACAAAAGAAGGACUCUUAUUUUGCCAACUGCUGCCAUAACUGACCUACCGCAGGAAAAAACUGCUGUAUCAUAAUGUCUAUUUUGGAAUGACUGGAGAAUUUUAUAUCACCUGAACUAUCAACCGGAUCAUCCUGCCUGAUUGUGUCUCUCAUUUUUUUUCUGUGCAUUAUGUCCGAAUCAGGCUUUAUGAAGCCUAUUCAUAUAUAUAUAACAUGCUUUUUCUAUUUUUGUGUUCAAGCGAUGAAUGCGCUUUCUUUUCGAGAACACUUGUUUUUGAACCUGAGAAUGUUGACUGAAGCAAGUAUCCACAAUGCAUGGCAAUACAUUUUACCAAAAACAGAAGAUGACGGCACUUUGCAAGCUUUAGGGAAAUAUGCCUUAGUCAUUGCCAAUGUAAAGGAGUCUGCUUUACAAACAAUGCCUUGAGGAAUUUGUCACCUUUUAUAAAUUAUUGCAUUUUACAUGUCUUCUGGGGAUCAUAAUGUUUACAGAAGUUGGUCGCUCAAACUAAUGUAUGAACAGUUUUGUUUUAUUUGUCCACACUAAGCUAGAGUCUUUCAGGUUAUACAGAUCUGAAAUCAAUUGAACAGUUUUCUCAUAAAUAUAUAUAUAUAUGGUCUAGAGCUGAAAUGUGCACACAACCAAGAGGAAAACCAAAUUAAAGAUGCUUGUAUUAGUGACUGGAAUGAUCAUGUGUCACAUGUAGCCAUGUUACGACAUUUUAAAGGUGUCUUAAUGUGGAACAUUCAAAUAUUACUGCAUUUUGUGUAUUGUCUGUGCAUAAACGCUGCCUGUCAGGAGCACCUUUCACCAGAUACUGUUGUCAUAGAGCCUGAAGUUUUCUGUGUAGUGUUAUGCAAUGUUUGACGUUCUUGACAUCAAAGAUCUUUGUCUUGCUCCGUGCAAAAAGCUAACUGAUUUACAGCAUUUGACGAAUGUGAUGAUAUUGUUUACACCUUUAUUUUAUUUCAUUAUUUAAUUUGACUUGAUAUUGUACAACGGGACACUAAGUUGUCAGACGUGAACAUAUUUGUACAUACAGCCUUAGUUUGUUCGGUUUAUAUUGUGCCUGUAUUACAUCUAAGAGGCCUGUAGCUAAAUAUAUUGUUGUUCUGGUGAAAAUCUGUA